GCUUGCACAUAAAAGAAGACUUUCAACAAGGGUCCUUGCAGAGAGUUUCCGAUGUGAUGCACAUUCUCAUUUUUUCUCCAUCUCUUUCUUAAAACUCCCAUAGCGUUCCUAUAUGUGCAACAGUCUUUGUUUUUAAAGAAAACGGAUCGAUUUUUGACUUUGCAAAGUGAGUACAGACUCAAUUCUUCAGGAUGUGGCUGCUGAUACUGUUGGUGUGUGUCCUGGUUUGGGCUGGGGGAACAUACUGGUACCUGUUCAGCAAGCCGAGUCCGUUUACCGUGGAGUCAGUGAGGCCUCCAGGACCUUUAGAGCUGGACCAGAGGAAGAGGGACAAAGUGCUGAAACAAGGAUUUACCAAAGAGAAGAUUCCAAAGAAUCUGGAUGCGGUUGUAAUAGGCAGUGGGAUCGGAGGAAUGGCGGCGGCAGCCACAAUGGCCAAAGCAGGGAAGAGAGUCCUGGUUCUGGAGCAGCACGACGUGGCCGGAGGCUGCUGUCACACGUUCACUGAGAAGGGUUUUGAGUUUGAUGUGGGACUUCACUACUUCGGUCAGCUGCAUGAAAACGGUCUGCUGAAGGUCGCUAUGGAUCAAAUCACUGAGGGUCAGAUGGAGUAUGUGGAGCUGCCGCAGCAUUUUGACAGCAUUGUGAUUGGGGACAGUGAGAAACGGAGAGACUACGCCAUCUUGAGUGGCAAGACUGAGAUGGAGCAGAACCUGAAGAAGAUCUUUCCAGAUGAUGUCAAAGCUGUGGAGGAGUUCUUUAAGAUCAUGAAGGUUACAGCCAGGAAGAUUCAUUAUUUGGCCAUCCUGAAACUGAUUCCACAGUGGCUGGCUCUGUUUCUGCUCAAAAGUGGCAUCGCUGACCUCUUCUCAUCCGUCUUUAGUCUCUCAGGCAUGAACGCCACUGAGAUGAACAAGAAACUGACAAGCAACAAGGAUUUGCAUGUGAUCUUCUCAUAUUUCUUCUACGGUGUGCCUCCUAAAGAUUCCAGCUUUAUGAUCAAUGCUCUGAUGCUGCACCAUUUCAAGCGUGGUGCAUAUUACCCUAAAGGGGGCGCCAGUGAGAUCCCGUUCCACAUCACUAAAGUCAUACAGAAAUACGGGGGCAGUGUGCUGGUCCGAGCUCCGGUCAGUCGGAUCCUGGUUGAUAAGAAUGGAGCUGCUUAUGGAGUGACAGUGAAAAAAGGGGACGAGCAUGUUGAGAUUCGGGCUCCUGUCAUCAUCUCCAACUGUGGGAUCUUCAACACCUUCCAGAAGCUCUUACCUCCAGAAAUACAAGGCAAACCAGGGAUUCAGAGUCGUCUGGAUAUGAUGAGGCCCGGUAAAGCCUCGUUCCUCCUGUUCUCGGGGUUUGAUGCGACGCAGGAAGAGUUAGACAUCGUGCCCAACAGCAUCUGGCUCUUCAAAUCCAACGACAUGGAUGCCAUGAUGGACGAGUUCUUCGGCAUGAGUAAAGACGAGGCACCAGAAAACAUUCCCAUGAUGCUCAUCACCUUCCCCUCAGCCAAAGAUUCCACAUCACAGAUCCGGCACCCAGGCAAGUCAUGCAUGACCAUCCUGACCAUGGUGAAUUAUGAAUGGUUUGAAGACUGGAAAGACACUAGAGUGAGGAAAAGAGGCGACGAUUAUCACAGCUACAAGAUGAGAUUUGGCAACUGUCUCUUUGAAUGGGCCUGCAAACACUUCCCAAAACUCAGAGACAAGCUGGUGUAUCAGGAGGCCGCCACUCCUCUGACAAACAUGCACUACCUCAGCUGUAACCGAGGGGCCAUUUACUCUGCUGAUCACAACCUGGACCGCUUCUACGCAGAAGCCAUGGCUCGAAACCGCUGCGACACUCCUGUCAAAAACCUUUAUUUGUCAGGUCAGGACAUUUUUAGCUGUGGUAUUGCCGGUGCAUUGCAUGGUGGUCUCCUCUGCGCCUCCACCGUCCUAAACUACCCUGUGUACAUCGACCUCUUGUUUAUCAAGAAAAAACUCAAGUGGAAGAAAGCAAAGGAGGCAGCGAAGCUGGCGAAGCAGAAGCAGCACUGAUGAAGCUGUCAGGAGGGAGAACUGAAAAAAUAGAAAAAAAUUAACAUUUUUUAUUUUAUUUUUUUAGCUAAAAUGAUGACAAUAGAAUGUCACUUUUCAAUCCAGAUUUGUAAAACUUUGUAUUUGUAACAUCAACACAUCGCUAAAGCUUCUUCAACCAGACCUCCCACCUGUACUCUUCUAACACAUGUCUGAUCCCCAUGGAUAUUUGUGCACUAGCAGGACUCAAAGGACCUGUGGGAAACCUCAGACUUCCUGGUUUAAGUGGACAUUUCCCCUAGGACAGAUUGGUUGGUAUAACACGGCUUCUGAUGGACGUGUGUAUUUGGAUGGGGAGGAGGAUAUGAUAUGAAUGCCCUCACUGUGAUUCACUGCGCCUAAAAAAACGCUCUGCUCCUGUAAGCCUGAGAAUGUACUGCAAUGACAUAAACUAACGGACUAAAGCCUUAAAAAGUAUGUUUUAGGAAAGUCAUGUUCAUUAAAAACACAGUUUUCAUUAAGGCAAAUUUGUCAGGGCUGAAAGUGAGAUGCCACAGGAAGACAAAGCCUGUUAAUAAAAUAAAGUACUCCUCCUGUCGUCCGGCUAAAAGUUAUGAAAAUUCUCCAGGACUUGGAUUACACAUUUUCAAACAGGCCAGAA